CUUAUCUUCGAGGAUGCAGCCGUUGUGGGUGAAGUUUUUAUAGGGGCUGACACCGAAGUGUUGAUUGACACCUAUCAAGACCGACAAGAACCAGGCAAGCACAACCCCUUAUCACACAAGACAGAAAAUACAAAGGGACACCAGCCGGUUUGGUCUUCAGCACAUUCUCGAAUCGACGUUGGCGACGCGGUGACCCUCCACCAUGAGGAAGCACAGCAAAGUGGCCCUGCGGCAGCAGAGCAAGGACAAUGUGACGGAGUCGGUGGCGGACCUCCUGGCCCUGGAGGCCCCCCUGGACUACAAGAGCAGUCAGAUGAGCAUGAACGUGCCCCCGGGGGGCGCUGCGCCCAAGACCAAGCCCUCCGAGCCCUCGCCGGACGACGAGGAGGACGGACGCCCCGCCUGGAACAACAAGAUCGAGUACAUUCUGGCCCAGGUGGGCUUCUCCGUGGGCCUGGGCAACGUGUGGCGCUUCCCUUACCUGUGCCAAAAGAACGGUGGAGGUGCAUACCUGGUGCCGUACUUUAUCCUCCUCCUCCUCAUCGGAAUUCCGCUCUUCUUCCUGGAGCUGGCGGUGGGACAGCGGAUCCGGCGCGGGAGCAUUGGCGUGUGGAACUACGUGUACCCGCGCCUGGGGGGCAUCGGAGUCUCCAGCUUAAUGGUCUGUGCUUUCGUGGGGCUGUACUACAACGUCAUCAUCGGCUGGAGCAUCUUCUACUUCUUCCAGUCCUUCCAGUACCCUCUGCCAUGGAGCGAGUGCCCCAUCAGGAGGAACGGAACCCUGGCCUAUCUGGAACCAGAGUGUGAGAGGAGUUCAGCGACGACAUAUUUCUGGUACCGUCAAACCCUCAACAUCACCAGCACCAUCGACGACAGCGGAGGCCUGAACUGGAGGAUGACGCUGUCCCUGUUGGCGGCGUGGGUAAUCGUCUGCCUGGCUGUGAUCAGAGGCAUCCAGUCCUCUGGAAAGGUGAUGUACUUCAGCUCGCUCUUCCCCUAUGUGGUCCUCUUCUGCUUCCUGGUGCGCGGGCUCAUGCUUAAAGGGGCCACGGACGGAAUAGCCCAUAUGUUCACACCCAAGCUGGAGAAGAUGCUGGAGCUGCAGGUGUGGCGUGAGGCGGCCACCCAGGUGUUCUUCGCCCUGGGCCUGGGCUUCGGCGGCGUCAUCGCCUUCUCCAGCUACAACAAGCGCGACAACAACUGCCACUUCGACGCCGUGCUGGUGUCCGUCAUCAACUUCAUCACGUCGGUGCUGGCCACGCUGGUGGUGUUCGCCGUGCUCGGCUUCAAGGCCAACAUCAUGAACGAGAAAUGUGUCGUCGAAAAUGCAGAGAAGAUUCUGGGCUUCCUGAACACAGGUGUGCUGAGCCACGACCUGAUCCCUCCGCACGUCAACUUCUCACACCUUUCCACCGAGGACUACGCCGAGAUGUAUGGCGUCAUCAAAACGGUCAGAGGCGACAGCUUCGACCAGCUGGGCCUGGACGCCUGCCUGCUGGAGGAUGAGCUCAACAAGGCAGUACAGGGCACUGGCCUGGCCUUCAUCGCCUUCACCGAGGCCAUGAUUUAUUUCCCCGCCUCGCCCUUCUGGUCCGUGAUGUUCUUCUUCAUGCUCAUCAACCUGGGUCUGGGCAGCAUGAUUGGCACCAUGACUGGCAUCACCACGCCCGUGCUCGACACGUUCAAGGUGCGCAAAGAGUACCUGACAGUGGGCUGUUGCAUCGUGGCCUUCUUCUGUGGCCUCUUGUUCGUGCAGCGCUCGGGGAACUACUUUGUCACCAUGUUUGAUGACUACUCUGCCGGGCUGCCACUCACCAUAGUGGUCAUCCUGGAGAACAUCUCCGUGGCCUGGAUCUACGGCAGCAAGAGGUUCAUGCAGGACCUGGAGGAUAUGCUGGGCUUCCGGCCGUACUCCUUCUAUUUCUACAUGUGGAAGUACGUGUCCCCGUUCUGCCUCAUCAUCCUCAUCAGCGCCACCCUCAUCGAGAUGGCCCUCAAGCCGCCGGGCUACAACGCCUGGGUACAAGAGCUGGCCACGGAGCGUUUCGAGAGCUACCCCACGUGGGCGCUGGUCAUGUGCAUCUCCCUGGUCGUGGCGGCCAUGUUGCCCCUCCCUGUGGUCUUCAUCCUCCGCCACUACCACCUCAUCCCGGACGGCUCCAACAAGCUGUCCGUCUCCUACAAGAAGAGCAUGAUGAAGGACAUCUCCAACCUGGAGGACGAGUCGCGCUUCAUCCUGGGCAAGAACCCCAGCGAGACGCCGUCGCCCAUGCCAACGCACCGCGCCUACCUGGGGCCCGGAAACUCCUCGCCCAUCGAACUCACCACCACCUCCAUCUCCAGCCACGGCUACGGCACCAGCAGCCAGACCACCACCACCGGGCCUAAGACCGACUUAUGAUUACUCUAGCCCCCUUACACACACACACACACACGCACACACACAAACACACAUGCACACACACACACGUGCACACACACACACAAGCACAGACAGGGUAGAGACAGAAAGAGUGAGUGAGACAGAAUGCCAUACAAAGACAAAGAUGAGACAGGAAGGCAGACAAACAAACAGACAAGACAGACAGACAAGGAGAAAGAGAGAAGGAGAUGUCACAGCACUCUUCACACCUUACCCCUUAAACGAGCCCAGUGCUCAGAAAUAAGCAAACUGCCUCUAUAGCAGGGAGCUCCAAGCCAAGCCCAUCCACCCCGACACAAAACCCAAACUCAGUCCCUCCUGCUCAGUUCCCGAGGGCCUGUGCUGCUACCGCUAACGCUAACUCUGCGCCACUCAAGGCCAGGUUGGUCGUGUGCGACCUGUCGGCUUCAGCACUGCACUGCAGGCAGUGUGGAGAUGUUAGCCACUUGGAUUCAGACCUACAGAGAUGUCACGUCAGCCAGGUCCAAACCCUCCCACCUCUCUGUGUAUCUCUAUGUAUCUAUCGGCUCAGGGUAAGGUGUCCCAAACGCUGCAAUAUAUACAAUAUAUAUAUAUUUUCACGCUGCACUGACAAUGCAGUCUCCUUGCAGAGGUUGUCUUGGUGUUGUAACAGAGCUCACUUUUUUGAGCCUUUUCUCCCCUUAACUGAAACGAAAGGAAAAACAAACAACAAGGAUUGUUAUUUGUAAGCCAUUGUAGUUCACAACAUGCUGUAGAAAAGAUGGAGAUCCAUUCUGCUUCUCUUCCACAGCAUAGCUUUGCUCUGUUGCCUUACCAAAUGGAACAAGUACAUGGGCCUUUGUAAAGAACUUUGGAGCACAGCAAAUGUACGUGAUUGGAAAGGGUUCCCCAAAUUUGGAAUGUUUUAAGUACAUACACACCUACACAAGCACAUUUAAAUGUAAAAAAAAAAUUGGUUGGUAAAACUAAAAGUAUUUACGUCAGCCUGUGUUAAAAAAAAGCCCUACCCUUUUGGCGGUAUCUUGUCAGUUUUCAGUGUCAGAAUCUGGAGGUCCGUAAUAUCUUCGAUAUCUUCUUUAGACAUCUAGUCGUUUUCGUAGAGAGACUUUAGAUUGAAAAUGCACUGUCUCCCAUACCAAAGCACAGACAUCCAUCAGAAGGGUGAGAAUAGAAAAAACUACUAUACUAUACUAUUCCUGAUACUACAGUACAUAAAUGCCCUGAAGUCACUGCCAGCACACCUUAAGACCCACCGUGUGGUGUAGAGCAUGUUUUCAUUCACAGGUAAAUAUUCAAAUGUCUCACUCUAAACAUGUGACUGCUGUUUUCCAUAGUGGAGAACAGUCAGGAAAAAAAAGAUGUAAAAUUAGCUCAAGGGAAAUAGAAGACGUAGUCUGUGAAAGGUCAUGUAUUUAAAAACUGAGAUUCUUCUAUUUCAUCUAUUCUGUGUGCAAUAAGAAAUAUUUAGUGCCGUGCAAGCUGUUACCAUUUGAACUUUUUUUAGUUUGAUUAGCUGUUGUUGUACUGUAGACACAUAAAUGUAUACGUGUGCGUGCGUGUGUGUGUGUGUGUG